AUGAGUCAAAAUCUAAAUAAAAUAGAACAUGACACACCAUUCGGUCACACUGACUACGUUCCCACAGACGAGACGCGCAACUUCAGUGCCCUCUUCCCCUCCAUCGACGGACUCACAGAACGGCUAAAGACAAGAGGCACAAUCAACAUUGCUGCGGAUUUAGACGUCUACACGCCUGAACAGGUUAGGGAAUUUGACGAGAAGAUCGCUACUAACCCCCUGCCAUGUGACAACUACCGCAAGCUGGCCUGGGACGGUCAGCAUUCUCCUACUCCCAGUGCGGAGCUAACACAUCCUGCUGCGGGGACGGCAACAAAACGUGGAGCCAAGCACUCCAUAAUGGCAGAGCCUGUCACAUCAACGGAAACAUUUAGUGAACUACCAGAAUUGGAGGCGUAUUAUCGGGGAUCCUCGUCUACGCCUUUUCGAAUUGAUCCCAUGGCUUGUCACCUGAUUGAUCAGUCAGCAGCCCUGGCACAAGAUCGACGACUGAAAUGUCGGCUAGGGAAUAGCGUCAUCCUCCUGAACGAUCCUGUCUAUGCACAAUGGCUUCGAGGCAUUGUACAGAAGGAAAUGGAUGAGGAGGAGGACAAGCUGUGUGCAGAACGCAUGCAGGAGGAGGUUGUUCGCGAUGCCAAAGCCAAAAAGAAAGGCCGUUACGUGGUGGAUGAGCUCUUUAAUGCUAUGCGGUUGCCGGAGAUCUGUGAUCAGAAGCCCUGGUUACCACAGUCGAAACAAACGGAGAAACUUCCGCGACUUUCGAGCGCCAGUCGUUCGACAGAGUAA